AGGCGUCCAAAGUCAAUACGUAACAGCUUUGAGCCCGGAGAAAGCCUGGGCACUACCACGAUAAAAGGGAUCAAUUUAACUCGGGGUGUCGACAACAUCAGAACAAACAUGCCACGUCGCAGUGCUCGAAAUGGUUCCGCCGGAGAACCCAUCACAUCGCCAAAACGGACAAGGACUGCUGCAAUUGCGAGUUCUUCUUUCAGUUCGAGGAACAGCAUAUUUCUUGGCGAUGACGAAAACUUCGUUGGGAGGGUCCGCAAGAAUGCGGCCGAGAGUUUCUUUGCUUCGAACCUCGCGUUGAGGACAGACAUGCCAAUGGAAACUGAUGAAACCCCACUCAAGCCAACGAAAGUGGAUCUCAAGCUAUCUGCGAACAGGGCAGCUCAUCAUACGGAUGAGUUCGAACCAGAGAACCUGAUCGUGAGGCGUGGACAAGGAUUUCAGGUCACCUUCACCUUCAACAGGAACGUGGAUAAGAAGCAUGACGAAAUAGUGCUGCAGUUCAUGACGGGUGAUAAACCGCUGGCCGCCAAGGGUACGCUCCUCCGCCUCGCCGUCCAAGCAAAGCUGCCAUCGUAUCCGGACCCUGCAGAAUGGCACGUGGCCUUCAACGAUGAGGAAUCUAAUGUACAGAAUGUGACCGUCCAAGUGUUCCCAGCAUCUGAUGCUUUAGUCGGAAAAUACAGGUUAUUCGUGGUGACCAACCCCACGGAGAAUCAAGAAUAUCGCCACCCAAUCGAUGACGACUUCUAUAUUCUGUUCAAUCCUUGGUGCGAAAAUGACCUGGUCUACAUAGAAGAUGCUGCCAUGAGAGAUGAAUACGUGAUGAAUGACACGGGACGCAUCUGGUGCUCCGCUCCUUCCUUCCCAGGAAGACCUUGGUACUUCGGCCAGUUUGACGAUGCCGUCUUCGAAGCUGCCCUUUACCUCUUGGACAAGGGGGGCCUUCCUGACGGCGGCAGAUCAAAUCCGGUCCACGUUAUCAGAACCAUAUCUGCAAUGGCUAACAGUAACGAUGAUGACGGCGGUGUCCUGACAGGCCGAUGGACGGCAGAAUACCCUGAAGACUCCCAUAAGCCUUGGUCAUGGACAGGUAGUGUCAAUAUUAUGGAGGAAUUCAUGAAGACCAAGAAAGCUGUUCGCUUUGGCCAAUGCUGGGUCUUCUCUGGUAUCGUGACUUCACUGCUCCGUUCUCUCGGUAUUCCUACAAGAAGCGUCACCAACUUCCAAUCCGCUCACGACAGUGAUAACAGUAUGACAAUCGACUUCCACUGGGAUGCGAACGAUGAGCCUCUGGAUGACAUGAACGAUUCUAUCUGGAAUUUCCAUGUCUGGAACGAAUCUUGGUUCAAGAGACCUGAUCUACCGGAGGGGUAUGAUGGUUGGCAGGCCCACGAUGCCACGCCUCAAGAAAGCAGCGAAGGAAUGAUGCGUUGUGGUCCUGCCCCAUGCAAUGCAAUCAAGAACGGCGAAGUCUACCUUCCCUAUGAUGCCCAGUUUAUCUUUGGAGAGGUCAAUGGUGACAAGUGCUUUUGGCAGGUGGACAAGAAAGGGGAGGCGACGUUCCUGUAUAAAGACCAGUUCGCUGUGGGGAGAGCGAUCAUGACCAAAGCCGUGGGAUCCGAAGCUGGGGAAAAUGUGACGGGACACUACAAACACCGAGAAGGAUCGGCACUUGAGAGAAAAGCGACCGCAUUCGCCUGCCGCUUUGGCUCAAAGAGGGACAAGAAAAUCUACUCGGAGAACUCGGCACAGGAAGUCACGUUCAAGAUGAAAGCAAAGGAAGAACCUGUCCUUGGCGAGGACUUCGACCUCACCAUUCAAGUGAAGAAUAACUCGAGCCAAGCGCGGACAUUCACGCUGACCAUGUAUGCCGUGGCCUCAUUCUAUACUGGAAUUCCUGGGGAGAAGAUCAAGAAGGAGGUGUUUGAUAACCCUAUUAAAGCGAACGAAUCAAAAGAUCUCACUUUUGCCAUUAAAGUAAAGGACUAUAUAUCAGUGAUCAAACCAGAGGCUGCCAUCCAGGUCUAUGCCAAGGCUUUCGUCAAGGAAACCAAGCAGAAAAUGGCCAAGGUGCACAAGUAUGCAUUCCAGAAACCAGAUCUACAAUUAACCCACCCAGAUUCCGUGGAGUGUGGCAAGACGUUCAAACUGGUCAUGAAGUUCACAAAUCCCCUGCAAGUGGCGCUCAACAACUGUUCAUUCACAUCAGAGUCACGUGGUAUGGUGAGAGGGCACAUCGAAACAAGUGGGAACGUAAAGCCAGGAGCCGAAGUUGUCCACACCAUGGAAUUGACCCCAAGAAGAGCUGGCCGCCGCACAAUCAUCGCGACCUUCAGCUCUGACCAGCUGAGCGACGUCACUGGAAUGAGUACUAUCACAAUCAAGCGUUAGCUGAAGAAAAAACAUGUCGAAAAAUGUGGCAUCGAACUUUCACUCAAAAUCGAACAGCACUCGUCGCAUAAAGCAAUCCAAACGAGCUAUUUUUGUUGCCCCGACUAGCGAUCAUAAUAAAUGUCCGACAGAAAGAUCUCUCGUUUACAUUAGUCAUAGGUCGCUGUGAUCGCUGUGUACAUGUACGUAAUUUUCAAUAAACAGUAUAUGAUACUA